CUCCAAUGGCGGCCCUCUUGGCCAGGAGCAGCGCCCAGCCCAUGUAGGGCUUGAUUGCCUGCUUGCUUUUAGGGCACACGCGAGCUCCAUGGGUUUCAUCGCCCUGCAGCGGUUGCCAGUAGCAUUAGGUGUUGCGCAUUGUUGUCGGAAAGGCCUCCGCCUCUCGGCCACCACAUCCACAGCAAGGAUGGCGCUGGGUGACAAUGGCGGCUCGGCGGCCCCUCCGGCUCCCUCGUCUGUGAUUCACUUCCUUACGCUCUGCCAGCGCCUCAAGACGACCAAGAGGGCGGGAUGGCUCAAUCGCGACGUGAAGAACGCCGAGUCCAUUGCGGAUCAUAUGCAUCGUAUGGCGAUCAUGGCUCUUAUAGCCGCUGAUAUUCCAGGCAUUGACAAGGAUAGGUGCGUCAAGAUGGCGGUGGUGCAUGACAUUGCUGAAGCUAUUGUGGGUGAUAUCACCCCAGCUGAUGGCAUUCCCAAGGACGAGAAAAGCAGGCGAGAGAGAGCAGCCAUAGAUGAAAUGUGUGACAUUCUCGAGAAUGGCCGUGCUGCCAGUGAGAUCAGAGAGCUCUGGAACGAAUACGAAUCUAACCUGUCGCCUGAGGCGAAGCUUGUCAAGGAUCUAGACAAGGUCGAGAUGAUUCUCCAAGCUUUGGAAUACGAGAGCGCUCAAGACAAGGAGUUGGAUGACUUUUUUAUGUCAACUGCUGGCAAGUUUCAGACCGAUAUUGGCAAAGCGUGGGCAGCGGAGAUAGUCUCUCGUAGGGAAAAGAGGAAGGAGAAGCUGCAUGCUGCCUCAACUUGAGUUUGAAGGUGGAAUUUGUACAUAACGCUCACGACUCCGUUCAGUGAUUCAUUACACCCUUAGCUUUGACUGGGCCAUCCAA